ACCGGCUGGAGUGUGGGCUGCUGGGUGGGAACCACGUCGGCCUGGGCCCCAGGAAGGAGGCAGACCCAGCAGCCCCCAACUCACCAUCUGUGCCCCUUGCCUGGGUGCUGCCCCAACCCCUGGUAGACACAGUCCCCCAACCCCACUGACAUAAUGGACCACUCCUUCAGCGGAGCACCCCGCUUCCUGACGCGGCCAAAGGCCUUUGUGGUAUCUGUUGGCAAGGAUGCCACGCUGAGCUGCCAGAUCGUGGGCAACCCCACGCCACACGUGAGCUGGGAGAAGGACCGGCAGCCAGUAGAGGCAGGAGCGCGCUUCCGCCUGGCCCAGGACGGGGAUGUGUACCGCCUCACAAUUCUCGAUCUGGCGCUAGGUGACAGCGGGCAGUAUGUGUGUCGCGCGAGGAACGCCAUAGGGGAGGCCUUCGCCGCCGUCGGCCUGCGAGUGGACUCGGAGGGCACGUGUGCCGAGCAGGCGCCCCACUUUCUGCUGCGGCCCACAUCCAUUCGCGUGCGCGAGGGCGCAGACGCCACCUUCCGAUGUCGCGUUGGAGGCUCACCACAACCUGCUGUGAGCUGGUCCAAAGAUGGGCGGCGCCUGGGCCCACCCGAUGCCCCCCAUGUGCGUGUGGAAGAUCACGGGGAGUCGAGCGCGCUUCGCAUCCGGUCGGCAAGGCCUCGCGAUGGUGGCACCUACGAAGUCCGAGCAGAAAAUCCGCUGGGCUCUGCCAGCGCUGCCGCCGCUCUGGUGGUGGACUCGGAUGCCGAGGUUGCGGGACCGCCUGGCACCUCCACCGCCACGCUCCUGGCGCACCUGCAGCAGCGGCGGGAGGCCAUGCGCGCAGAGGGCGUCCCCCCUUCUCCACCCGGCGCUGGCACGCGAACCUGCACAGUGACCGAAGGCAAACACGCGCGCCUCAGCUGUUUUGUGACCGGCGAGCCCAAGCCCGAGACAGUGUGGAAGAAGGACGGGCAGCUGGUGACCGAGGGCCGGCGACACGUAGUGUAUGAGGACGAGCAAGAGAACUUCGUCCUUAAGAUUCUUUUCUGCAAGCAGUCCGACCGCGGCCUCUACACCUGCACAGCGUCCAACCUCGUGGGCCAGACCUACAGCUCGGUGCUGGUGGUCGUGAGAGAGCCGACGGUGCCCUUCAAGAAGCGGCUGCAGGACCUGGAGGUGCGAGAGAAAGAGUCUGCCACAUUCCAGUGCGAGGUGGCUCAGCCAGCUACCGAGGCGGCGUGGUUCAAGGAGGAGACCCGGCUAUGGGCCAGCGCCAAGUACGACAUCGAGGAGGAGGGAACCGAGCGCCGGCUGACCGUGCGCAACGUCUCGGCAGACGACGACGCGGUGUACAUCUGCGAGACCACAGAGGGCAGCCGCACGGUGGCAGAGCUCUCUGUUCAAGGAAACUUGACCAGAAAGCUGCCUCGGAAGACAGCAGUGCGCACUGGAGACACAGCCAUCUUUUGGGUGGAGCUGGCUGUCCCCGAAGGCCCUGUCCGGUGGCUACGGAACCAGGAGGAGAUGGUGGCAGGGGGCCGGGUUGCCAUCACUGCAGAAGGCACGUGCCACACACUGACCAUCUUCCAGUGCACCUUGGAGGACAUGGGUGAGGUGGCCUUUGUGUCUGGUGGCUGCCGGACGACCACCCAGUUCUGUGUAUCAGCACCCAGGAGGCCACCCCUGUACCCUCCUGCUGACCCUGUUGUAAAGGCCAAGACAGAGAGUUCUGUGACCCUCAGCUGGUCCCCACCACCCCAUGGGGACCGCCCUGUCACUAUUGAUGGCUAUGUGGUGGAGAAGAGGAAGCUGGGUGCCUAUGCCUGGAGCAGGUGUCACGAAGCUGGAUGGCUGGCCACAACUGAGCUUACCAUCACUGGUGUGGCUGAGGAGGGGGAUUUCCAGUUCCGAGUGUCAGCCAUCAAUCACUUUGGCCAGGGUCCUUACCUUGAAUUUCCAGGGACCAUGCACUUGGUCCCCAUGCUGGCUGUAAAGACACCUCUGAAGGCGGUGGAGGCAGUGGAGGGUGGUGAGGUCACUUUCUCUGUGGACCUCACGGUGGCCUCUUCGGGCGAAUGGUUCCUGGAUGGGGAGGCCUUGAAAGCGAGCAGUAUAUACGUGAUCCGUUGUGACCGCACUCGGCAUAUGCUCACCAUCAGAGAGGUGCCUGCCAGAUUGCAUGGGGCACAGCUGAAGUUUGUGGCUAAUGGCAUUGAAACUAGCAUCCAAAUGGUGGUCCGAGCGGCUCUGGGGCUGCCCAGCAGUAAGCUUCCUGCUGCGGCUGCCCGGGAGGUGCUGGCCCAGUUGCACGAGGAGGCACAGCUGCUGGCUGAGCUGUCGGACCAGGCUGCUGCUGUGACUUGGCUGAAGGAUGGUCGUGAGCUGUCCCUAGGGCCCAAGUAUGAGAUGCAGGUGUCAGCUGGGAGGCGAGCACUGCUGGUGCGGGACGUGGCACAGGAUGACGCUGGCCUCUAUGAGUGUGUCAGUCGUGGGAGCCGCACUGCCUACCAGCUGUUGGUGCAAGAGCCCAAGAUGGUGUUUGCCAAGGGGCAGCAGGCAUUCAGUGAGGUGAAGGCAGAGGCGGGGGCCAGCGCCACACUGAGCUGCGAGGUGGCCCAGGCUCAGACUGAGGUGACAUGGUUCAAGGACGGGAAGAAGUUGAGCUCCAGCUCGAAGGUACGCGUGGAAGCCUCGGGCUGCUCCAGGAGGCUGGUGGUGCAGCAGGCAGGCAAGGCGGAUGCUGGGGAGUACAGCUGCGAGGCCGGGGGACAGAAACUCUCCUUCCGCCUGGACGUGGCAGAGCCCAAGCUGGUGUUUGCCAAGGGGCAGCAGGCACACAGCGAGGUGAAGGCAGAGGUGGGGAACAGCGCCACACUGAGCUGCGAGGUGGCCCAGGCCCAGACUGAGGUGACAUGGUUCAAGGAUGGGAAGAAGCUGAGCUCCAGCUCGAAGGUGCGCAUGGAGGCCUCGAGCUGCUCCAGGAGGCUGGUGGUGCAGCAGGCGGGCAAGGCGGAUGCUGGGGAGUACAGCUGCGAGGCCGGGGGACAGAAGCUCUCCUUCCUCCUGGACGUCACAGAGCCUAAGAUGGUGUUUGCCAAGGAGCAGCAGGCACGCAGUGAGGUGAAGGCAGAGGCGGGGACCAGUGCCACACUGAGCUGCGAGGUGGCCCAGGCCCAGACUGAGGUGACAUGGUUCAAGGACGGGAAGAAGCUGAGCUCCAGCUCAAAGGUGCGCAUGGAGGCCUCAGGCUGCUCCAGGAGGCUGGUGGUGCAGCAGGCAGGCAAGGCAGAUGCUGGGGAGUACAGCUGCGAGGCCGGGGGACAGAAGCUCUCCUUCCGCCUGGACAUCACAGAGCCCAAGCUGGUGUUUGCCAAGGGGCAGCAGGCACGCAGUGAGGUGAAGGCAGAGGCAGGGAACAGUGCCACACUGAGCUGCGAGGUGGCCCAGGCCCAGACUGAGGUGACAUGGUUCAAGGACGGGAAGAAGCUGAGCUCCAGCUCGAAGGUGCGCGUGGAGGCCUCAGGCUGCUCCAGGAGGCUGGUGGUGCAGCAGGCGGGCAAGGCGGAUGCUGGGGAGUACAGCUGCGAGGCCGGGGGACAGAAGCUCUCCUUCCACCUGGACGUUGCAGAGCCCAAGCUGGUGUUUGCCAAGGAGCAGCAGGCACGCAGUGAGGUGAAGGCAGAGGCGGGGAACAGUGCCACACUGAGCUGUGAGGUGACCCAGGCCCAGACUGAGGUGACAUGGUUCAAAGACGGGAAGAAGCUGAGCUCCAGCUCGAAGGUGCGCAUGGAGGCCUCAGGCUGCUCCAGGAGGUUGGUGGUGCAGCAGGCAGGCAAGGCGGAUACUGGGGAGUACAGCUGCGAGGCCAGGGGACAGAAGCUCUCAUUCCAUCUGGAUGUCACAGAACCCAAGCUGGUUUUUGCCAAGGAGCAGCAGGCAUGCAGCGAGGUGAAGGCAGAGGCAGGGGCCAGCGCCACCCUGAGCUGCGAGGUGGCCCAGGCCCAGACUGAGGUGACAUGGUUCAAGGACGGGAAGAAGCUGAGCUCCAGCUCAAAGGUGCGCGUGGAGGCCUCAGGCUGCUCCAGGAGGCUGGUGGUGCAGCAGGCGGGCAAGGCGGAUGCUGGGGAGUACAGCUGCGAGGCUGGGGGACAGAAGCUCUCCUUCCACCUGGAUGUGGCAGAGCCCAAGCUGGUGUUUGCCAAGGAGCAGCAGGCACACAGCGAGGUGAAGGCUGAGGCAGGGGCCAGCGCCACCCUGAGCUGCGAGGUGGCCCAGGCCCAGACUGAGGUGACAUGGUUCAAGGACGGGAAGAAGCUGAGCUCCAGCUCGAAGGUGCGCAUGGAGGCCUCGGGCUGCUCCAGGAGGCUGGUGGUGCAGCAGGCGGGCAAGGCCGAUGCUGGGGAGUACAGCUGCGAGGCCGGGGGACAGAAGCUCUCCUUCCACCUGGACGUGGCAGAGCCCAAGCUGGUGUUUGCCAAGGAACAGCAGGCAAACAGCGAGGUGAAGGCAGAGGCAGGGAACAAUGCCACACUGAGCUGCGAGGUGGCCCAGGCCCAGACUGAGGUGACAUGGUUCAAGGACGGGAAGAAGCUGAGCUCCAGCUCGAAGGUGCGCGUGGAGGCCUCGGGCUGCUCCAGGAGGCUGGUGGUGCAGCAGGCGGGCAAGGCGGAUGCUGGGGAGUACAGCUGCGAGGCCGGGGGACAGAAGCUCUCCUUCCACCUGGAUGUGGCAGAGCCCAAGCUGGCGUUUGCCAAGGAGCAGCAGGCACACAGCGAGGUGAAGGCAGAGGCGGGGGCCAGCGCCACACUGAGCUGCGAGGUGGCCCAGGCCCAGACUGAGGUGACAUGGUUCAAGGAUGGGAAGAAGCUGAGCUCCAGCUCGAAGGUGUGCGUGGAGGCCUCAGGCUGCUCCAGGAGGCUGGUGGUGCAGCAGGCGGGCAAGGCAGAUGCUGGGGAGUACAGCUGCGAGGCUGGGGGACAGAAGCUCUCAUUCCACCUGGACGUGGCAGAGCCUAAGCUGGCGUUUGCCAAGGAGCAGCAGGCACACAGCGAGGUGAAGGCUGAGGCGGGGGCCAGUGCCACGCUGAGCUGCGAGGUGGCCCAGGCCCAGACUGAAGUGACAUGGUUCAAGGAUGGGAAGAAGCUGAGCUCCAGCUCGAAGGUGCGCAUGGAGGCCUCAGGCUGCUCCAGGAGGCUGGUGGUGCAGCAGGCGGGCAAGGCGGAUGCUGGGGAGUACAGCUGCGAGGCCGGAGGACAGAAGCUCUCCUUCCGCCUGGACGUCACAGAGCCCAAGCUGAUGUUUGCCAAGGAGCAGCAGGCACACAGCGAGGUGAAGGCAGAGGCGGGGAACAGCGCCACCCUGAGCUGCGAGGUGGCCCAGGCCCAGACUGAGGUGACAUGGUUUAAGGACGGGAAGAAGCUGAGCUCCAGCUCAAAGGUGCGCGUGGAGGCCUCGGGCUGCUCCAGGAGGCUGGUGGUGCAGCAGGCGGGCAAGGCGGAUGCUGGGGAGUACAGCUGCGAGGCCGGGGGACAGAAGCUCUCCUUCCACCUGGACGUGGCAGAGCCCAAGCUGGUGUUUGCCAAGGAGCAGCAGGCACACAGCGAGGUGAAGGCAGAGGUGGGGAACAGUGCCACCCUGAGCUGCGAGGUGGCCCAGGCCCAGACUGAGGUGACAUGGUUCAAGGACGGGAAGAAGCUGAGCUCCAGCUCGAAGGUGCGCGUGGAGGCCUCAGGCUGCUCCAGGAGGCUGGUGGUGCAGCAGGCGGGCAAGGCAGAUGCUGGGGAGUACAGCUGCGAGGCCGGGGGACAGAAGCUCUCCUUCCACCUGGACGUGGCAGACACCAGGCUGAUGUUUGCCAAGGAGCAGCAGGCACACAGCGAAGUGAAGGCUGAGGCGGGGGCCAGUGCCACACUGAGCUGUGAGGUGGCCCAGGCCCAGACUGAGGUGAUAUGGUUCAAGGAUGGGAAGAAGCUGAGCUCCAGCUCAAAGGUGCGCGUGGAGGCCUCGGGCUGCUCCAGGAGGCUGGUGGUGCAGCAGGCAGGCAAGGCGGAUGCUGGGGAGUACAGCUGCGAGGCCGGGGGACAGAAACUCUCCUUCCGCCUGGACGUCGCAGAACCAGAAGCCGAAUCCCAGACUCCGGAGAGACCCAGCCACAGGGAACCUCUGGUUGUCAAGGAACAUGAGACCAUUGUCCUGACUGCCACAAUAGCUGCACCCUCUGUGGCUGCUGUGACCUGGCUCAAAGAUGGAGUGGAGCUCCGCCGCAGUAAGCGGCAUGAGGCCACCAGUCUGGGUGAUACCCAUACCCUGACCGUGAGAGGCGCACAGGUCCUAGACAGUGCCAUCUACAGCUGCCGUGUCGGCAAGGAAGGUCAGGACUUCCCUGUGCAGGUAGAAGAGGUGGCCGCCAAGUUCUCCAAACCCCUGGAGCCCGUCGAAGGGAAACUGGGUGGCACCGUGAUGCUGGUCUGUGAGCUGAGCCCGGAGCAGGCUGAGGUUGUGUGGCGCUGUGGGAACACACAGCUGCGGCCGGGCAAGCGCUUCCAGAUGACAUCAGAGGGGCCUAGGCGCACGCUGACCGUGUCUGGCCUUCGAGAGGAUGACGCAGAGGAGUAUGUGUGUGAGAGCCGGGAUGACCGUACCAGCGCACGGCUCACUGUUAAAGUUCCCCGAGUGGUCAAGUUUACAUCUGGAUUGAGUGCCAUGGUCGCAGAGGAGGGCCAAGAGGCCACCUUUCAGUGUGUCGUGUCCCCCAGCGAUGCAGGAGUCAUGUGGUACAAGGACGGGACGCAGCUGCAGCCUAGUGAGAAGUUUGUUAUGGUAGAGAGUGGGGCCAGCCGCAGCUUGACUAUCUUGGGCCUGACCCUAGAGGAUGCCGGUCACGUCACAGUGGAGGCUGAGGGGGCCUCAUCUUCUGCUGCCCUCCGGGUCCGAGAGGCACCGGUCCUCUUCAAAAAGAAGCUUGAGCCACAGACGGUGGAGGAGAGGACCUCUGUGACAUUGGAGGUGGAGCUGACGCGGCCCUGGCCCGAGGUGAAGUGGACACGGAAUGCUGCCAUCCUGACACCCAGCGAGAACGUGGAGAUCCGCGCUGAGGGUGCUCGGCACUGUCUGGUGCUGCGCAGCGUGGGCUUUGCUGACCGUGGUUUCUUUGGCUGUGAGACACCAGAUGAUAAGACUCAGGCCAAGCUCAAUGUAGAAAUGCGGCAGGUCCGGCUGGUUCGCGGUUUGCAGGAGGUGGAGGCUAAGGAACAGGGCACGGCCUCGAUGGAUGUGGAGCUAUCCCAUGCCGAGGUGGAGGGCAGCUGGACCCGAGAUGGCCUGCGACUUCAGCCUGGACCCAAAUGCCACCUGGCCGUACAAGGCCCUGUCCACAUCCUCACACUCUCAGCGCUGCAGCCACAGGACAGCGGGCUGGUGGCCUUCAGGGCCGAGGGCGUGCACACGUCUGCGAGGCUCAUAGUCACUGAGUUGCCCGUGACCUUCACCAGACUACUACAGGAUGUGGUGGCCACGCAGAAGGAGAAGGUCACCCUGGAGUGUGAGCUGUCGCGGCCUGUGGAUGUGCGCUGGCUGAAGGAUGGUGUGGAGCUGCGGGCAGGCAAGGCCAUAGGCAUAGUGGCCCAGGGAACCUGCAGGAGUCUCGUUAUCUACCGGUGUGAGACUGGGGACCAGGGUGUCUAUGUAUGUGAUGCUCUUGAUGCUCAGACCUCUGCCUCUCUGAGGGUGCAAGGUCGCAGUGUUCAGAUUACAAGGCCGCUGGAGGAUGUGGAGGUAAUGGAGAAGGAGGGUGCUACAUUCUCCUGUGAGGUAUCCCUCGACGAGGUUCCCGGCCUGUGGUUCCGAGAAUCCAGUAAGCUACGGCCCAGUGACAACGUGCGCAUCCGGCAGGAAGGGAGGACAUACACGCUUAUCUUCCGGAGGGUACUGGCAGAGGAUGCAGGGGAGAUCAAGUUUGUAGCUGAGAACGCAGAAUCAAGAGCUCACCUCCGAGUGAAAGAACUGCCCGUGACCCUCCUGCGCCCACUGAGGGACAAGAUUGCCAUGGAAAAACACCGUGGAGUGCUGGAGUGCCAGGUGUCCCGGGCUAGUGCCCAGGUGCGGUGGUUCAAGGGCGGAGUCGAGCUGCAGCCUGGGCCCAAGUACGAGGUGGUCAGUGACGGCCUUUACCGCAAGCUGGUCAUCAAUGAUGUGCAGCCUGAGGAUGAAGAUACGUACACCUGUGACGCUGGCAACGUCAAGACCAGUGCCCAGUUUUUUGUGGAAGAGCAAUCCAUCACUAUUGUGCGGGGACUGAAGGACAUGACAGUGAUGGAGCCUGCCCCUGCCUGGUUUGAAUGUGAGACAUCCAUCCCUUCCGUGAGGCCACCCAAGUGGCUCCUUGGUAAGACUGUGCUCCAGGCAGGGGCGAACGUGGGACUGGAGCAAGAUGGCACCGUGCACCGGCUGACACUGCACAAGACCUGCUCUACCAUGACCGGGCCUGUGCACUUCACCAUCGGCAAGUCCCGCUCCUCUGCCCAGCUGGUUGUCUCAGACAUUCCUGUGGUACUGACACGGCCUCUGGAGCCCAAAGCAGGGCGUGAGCUGCAGUCAGUAGUCCUGUCCUGUGACUUCAGGCCAGCCCCCAAGGCUGUGCAGUGGUACAAGGACGACACACCCCUGUCCCCGUCAGAAAAGUUCAAGAUGGCGCUGGAGGGCCAGAUGGCAGAGCUGCGCAUACUCCGGCUCAUGCCAGCUGAUGCUGGGGUCUACCGGUGCCAGGCGGGUAGCGCCCAGAGCAGUGCUGAGGUUACUGUGGAAGCUCGGGAGGUGACAGUGAUUCAGCCACUGCAGGAUGCAGAAGCCAUGGAGGAAGGCCGGGUCUGCUUCUCCUGCGAGCUGUCCCAUAAGGAUGAGGAUAUCGAAUGGUCACUCAAUGGUACACCCCUGUACAAUGACAGCUUCCAUGAGAUCAGCCAUGAGGGCUGUCUCCACACCCUGGUGCUGAAGAGUGUCCGGCAGGCUGACACAGGCACCGUGUGUGCCACCUCCCCCAAGGUGUCCGUUUCUGCCCGGCUGGUGGUUAAAGGCAAGCCAGUGGUGUUCCUGAAAGCACUGGAUGACGUAUCUGCAGAAGAGCGUGGCACACUGACCCUGCAAUGCGAGGUCUCCGACCCCGAGGCACGCGUGGUUUGGCGAAAAGACGGCGUGGAGCUUGGUCCCAGCGACAAGUAUGAUUUCCUACAUAAGGCAGGUGCCCGGGGCCUUACGGUCCAUGACCUGAGCCACGAGGAUGCUGGACUGUACACCUGCCAGGUGGGCAGUAAGGAGACCCAGUCCAAGGUCAGCGUGCAUGAUCUUCAUGUGGGCAUCACCAAGAGGUUAAAGACAGUGGAGGUGCUGGAGGGAGAGAGCUGCAGCUUUGAGUGUGUCCUUUCCCACGAGAGUCCCAGUGACCCAGCAGUGUGGACAGUCGGCGGGAAGACAGUGGGUGGUUCUGGCCACUUUCAUGCUGUUCGGCAGGGCCGCAAAUACACCCUGACAGUCAAAGAUGCUGCACUCAGUGAUGCAGGAGAGGUGGUCUUCUCGGUGCUGGGCCUCACAUCCAAGGCCUCGCUCAUCAUCAGAGAAAGGCCAGUGGACAUCAUGAAGCCCCUGGAGGACCAGCGGACCACGCUUGGGGAAGAUGUAAUGCUAAGCUGUGAGCUGUCCAGGGCAGGCACCUCUGUGCGCUGGCUGAAAGAUGGGAAGGCCAUCAGGAAGAGCCAGAAGUAUGACCUGCUCAGUGAAGGCACGCGGGCUGUGUUGGUUGUCCGCAAGGCCUCGCUCAAGGAUUCAGGGGAAUACACCUGUGAGACAGAAGCUUCGAAAAGCACUGCCAAGCUGUGUGUGGAAGAAAAGGCAAACCGGUUCACGGAGGAGCUGACUGACCUGCAGGUGGAAGAGAAGGGCAGAGCUGUGUUCACAUGCAAGACAGAGCACCCAGCAUCUGUCGUGACCUGGCGCAAAGGCCUCCUGGAGCUGCGUGCCUCAGGGAAGCAUGUCCCCAGUCAGGAGGGCUUGACCCUGAAGCUCACCAUCAAUGCCCUGGAGAGGACAGACAGUGACACUUACACCUGUGACAUCGGCCAAGCCCGGACCCAGGCCCGGCUCCUCGUCCACGGCCAGAAAGUGCGAGUUAUUGAGGACCUAGAGGACACUGCUGUCCAGGAGGGCUCCUCUGCUAAGUUUUGCUGCCGCAUCUCUCCUGCUGACUACGGCCCCGUGCACUGGUUCCUGGAUAAGACCCCCUUGCACAGCAAUGAGCUGAAUGAGAUCACUGUCCAGCCUGGAGGCUACCACGUGCUCACCCUGCGGCAGCUGGCGCUCAAGGACUCAGGCACUGUCUACUUCGAGGCGGGUGACCAGCGGACCUCAGCUGCCCUGCGGGUGACUGAGAAGCCGAGCAUCUUCUCUCGGCCACUCACAGACGUCACAGUCACAGAAGGCGAGGACCUGACUCUUGUCUGUGAAACCACCACUGUGGAUGGCUCUGUGCGCUGGACCAAAGAUGGGAAGACACUGAGGCCAUCUGCACGAUGCCAGCUGAGCCAUGAAGGCUGUCAGGCCCAGCUGCUCAUCACUGCCACCACCCCACAAGAUGGUGGGCGCUACAAAUGUGAGAUUGGCGGAGCAUCCAGCAGCUCCAUUGUCAGGGUCCAUGCUCUGCCAGUGCGGUUCAGGGAGUCCCUGAAGGACGUGGAGGUGCCAGAGGGCAAGGCCGCCACACUACGCUGUGUGCUGUCAUCUGUGGCUGCACCUGUGGAGUGGCGCCAUGGAGAUGAUGUCCUGAAAUCCAGCAACAAGUAUAGCCUGCGCCAAGAGGGUGCUGUGCUGGAAUUGGUCAUCCGAGACCUGCAGCCCCAGGACAGUGGGCAAUACUCAUGCUCCUUUGGGGACCAGACAACUUCAGCCACACUCACAGUGAAAACCUCUUCUGCCCAGUUCGUAGGGAAACUGAGAAACAAGGAGGCCACAGAAGGGACCAUGGUCACACUUCGGUGUGAGCUGACCAAAGAGGCCCCCGUGGAGUGGAAGAAGGGAACAGAGACCCUGAGAAAUGGGGACAAAUACAGUCUGAAGCAGGAUGGAGCUGUGUGUGAGCUGCAGAUCUGUAGUCUGCUCGUGGCAGAUGCAGGGGAGUACUUGUGUGUAUGUGGGCAGGAGAAGACUUCAGCCACGCUGACUGUCAAGGCUCUGCUUAUCCACUUUAUCAGAAGGCUCAGAAGCAAGGAGGCCACAGAAGGAGACACGAUCACACUGCAGUGUGAACUGAGCAAGGCUGCCCCUGUGGAGUGGAGGAAGGGAACAGAGACCCUGAGAGAUGGGGACAGAUACAGCCUGAAGCAGGAUGGGACUGUGUGUGAGCUGCAGAUCCGCAGCCUGACCAUAGCAGAUGCUGGCGAGUACUUGUGCACGUGUGGACAGGAAAAGACCUCAGCCACACUGACCAUCAGGGCCCUUCCAGCUAAGUUCAAAGACAGUCUGAAGAAUGAAGAGGCUACAGAAGGUACCACAGCUACACUGAGCUGUGAACUGAGCAAGGCAGCUCCGGUGACGUGGAAGAAAGGACCGAAGACCUUGCAAAGUGGAGACAAAUAUGGCCUGAGGCAGGAUGGAGCUGUGUGUGGACUGCAGAUCCAUGGCCUGACCAUGGCCGAUGCUGGGGAGUACUCCUGUGUGUGUGGGCAGGAGAAGACGUCAGCCACGCUGACUGUCAGGGGCUUGCCUGCCAAAUUUAUAGAAGAUCUGAGAAGCCAAGAAGCCACAGAAGGGGCCACAGCAAUCUUAAGAUGUGAGCUGAGCAAGGCUGCUCCUGUGGAGUGGAGGAAAGGGUCUGAGACCCUGAAAGAUGGAGACAGAUACAGCCUGAGGCAGGAUGGGGCCAUAUGUGAGCUGCAGAUCCGUGGCCUGACUGUGGUGGAUACUGGGACAUACUCGUGUGUGUGUGGGCAGGAGAGGACCUCAGCCACACUGAAUAUUAAUGCCCUACCCACCAAGUUCACAGAGGGUCUGAGGAAUGAAGAGGCCACAGAAGGCACCAUGGCCACUCUGAGGUGCCAGAUGAGCAAGGCUGCCCCUGUGGAGUGGAGGAAGGGGUCAGAGACCCUGAGAGAUGGGUACAGAUACAGCCUGAGGCAGGAUGGGGCCACGUGUGAGCUGCAGAUCCGUGGCCUGGCUGUGGAAGAUUCUGGGGAGUACUCAUGUGUGUGUGGGCAGGAGAAGACGUCAGCCACACUGAGUGUCAAGGCUCUGCCCCCCAGAUUCAUAGAAGANUUGAGAAGCCAAGAGGCCACAGAAGGCACCAUGGCCACUCUGAGGUGCCAGAUGAGCAAGGCAGCCCCUGUGGAGUGGAGGAAGGGGUCUGAGACCCUGAAAGAUGGGGGCAGAUACAGCCUGAGGCAGGAUGGGGCUGUGUGUGAGCUGCAGAUCCGUGACCUGGAUGUGGAAGAUGCUGGCCAGUACUCGUGCGUGUGUGGGCAGGAGAAGACCUCAGCCAUGCUGACUGUAGAUGCACUGCCCCCCAAGUUUACAGAGGGUCUGAAGAAGGAAGAGGCCACAGAAGGGACCAUGGUAACACUGAGGUGCCAGAUGAGCAAGGCUGCCCCUGCGGAGUGGAGGAAGGGAUCUGAAACUCUGAGAGAUGGGGGCAGAUACAGCCUGAGGCAGGAUGGGAACCUGUGUGAGCUGCAGAUCCGUGACCUGGCUGUGGAAGAUGCUGGCGAGUACUUGUGCGUGUGUGGGCAGGAGAAGACCUCAGCCACACUAAGUGUCAAGGCCCUGCCCCCCAGAUUCAUAGAAGACUUGGGAAGCCAAGAGGCCAUGGAAGGCACCAUGGCCACUCUGAGGUGCCAGAUGAGCAAGGCUGCCCCUGUGGAGUGGAGGAAGGGAUCUGAAACUCUGAGAGAUGGGGGCAGAUACAGCCUGAGGCAGGAUGGGGCCUUGAGUGAGCUGCAGAUCUAUGACCUGGCUGUCGAAGACACUGGGGAGUUCUCAUGUGUGUGUGGGCAGGAGAAGACCUCAGCCACACUGAGUGUCAAGGCCCUGCCCCCUAGAUUCAUAGAAGAUUUAAGAAGCCAAGAGGCCACAGAAGGCACCAUGGCCACUCUGAGGUGCCAGAUGAGCAAGGCUGCCCCUGUGGAGUGGAGGAAGGGGUCAGAGACCCUGAGAGAUGGGGGCAGAUACAGCCUGAGGCAGGAUGGGGCCUUGAGUGAGCUGCAGAUCCGUGACCUGACUGUCGAAGACGCUGGCGAGUACUCAUGUGUGUGUGGGCAGGAGAAGACCUCAGCCACACUAAGUGUCAAGGCCUUGCCAGCCAGAUUCAUAGAAGACUUGAGAAGCCAAGAGGCCCCAGAAAGUUCAACAGUCACAUUGCGGUGUAAGCUAAGCAAGAAGGCCCCUGUGGUGUGGAAGAAAGGGUCUGAGACCCUAAGAAACGGGGCCAGAUACAGCCUGAGGCAAGAUGGGGCUGUGUGUGAGCUGCAGAUCCGUGACCUGACUGUGGAAGAUACUGGAGAGUACUCGUGCACAUGUGGGCAGGAGAGGACCUCAGCCACACUGAGCAUUAUGGCUCCACAGAUGGUAUUCCAGCAGCCACUGCAGAAUCUGCAAGCAGAAGAAGGCUCCAUGGCCAGCCUGCGAUGUGAGUUGUCAGUCCCCAACGCUGCCGUGGUCUGGAGCAAGGGUGGCCUGGAGCUGCAGAGUGACACGCGCCGAGAGGCACGGCAGCAGGGGUGUGUGGCAGAGCUGUUGCUUAGGGACCUGCGUCGCGAGGAUGCGGGCGAGUACAGUUGCACCUGUGGCUCUCAGACCACAAGCGCCACGCUCAUGGUCACAGCUGCUCCUGUGCGGUUCCUCCGGGAACUGCAGGCCCAGGACAUAGAUGAGGGGGCCACCGCACGCCUGUGCUGUGAGCUGAGCCGGGAGGCUGUGAGUGUGGAGUGGCGCAAGGGCUCCUUGCAACUUUUUCCUUGUGCUAAGUAUCAGAUGGUGCAGGAGGGCACAACUGCGGAGCUGCUGGUCCAUGGGGUGGAGCAGGAGGAUGCAGGCGAAUACACCUGCGAUGCAGGCCACACGCAGAGCAUCGCCAGGCUCUCUGUCCGAGCCCCCAAGCCCAAGUUCAAGACCGACCUGCAAAGCACAGAGCAGGAAGCAGGUAGCACGGCACGGCUGUGUUGUCAACUGAGCGAAGCUGAGCCAGGGACUCCAGUGCAGUGGCUCAAGGAGGGGGUGGAGCUGCACGUCGGUGCCAAGUAUGAGAUGCGGCGCCAAGGGGCUGUGUGUGAGCUGCUGAUCCAUGGGCUGGAGGCCAAGGACACUGGAGAAUAUGCCUGCCUGGUGGGUGGCCAGAAGACCUUGGCCUCCCUCAGAGUCAAAGAGCCUGAGGUGACCAUCGUGCGGGGACUCGUGGACAUGGAGGUGCAGGCCGAUGAGGAUGUGGAGUUCACUUGCAAGGUGUCACAGGCAGGAGCCACAGAUGUGCAGUGGCACCUCCAAGGUCUGCCACUGCAGAGCAACGAAGUGACAGAGGUGGCUGUCCUUGCAGACGGCUGUACCCACGUGCUCCAGUUAAAGGGUGUGACACUGGAGGAUGCUGGUACUGUCUCCUUCCACGUGGGCGACCAUUCAUCUUCUGCUCAGCUCACAGUCCGAGUCCCUGAGGUGACCGUUCUGGAGCCCCUGAAGGAUGUGCAGCUCAGUGAGGGCCAGGAUGCCCACUUCCGGUGCCGGCUGUCCAGGGCCUCGGGCCAGGAGGCUCGCUGGGCUUUGGGAGGGGUUCCCUUGCAGUGCAACGAGAUGAACGACAUCACUGUGGAGCAGGGCACACUCUACCUGCUCACUCUGCACAAGGUGACCCUGGAGGAUGCUGGAACCAUCACUCUCCAAGUGGGCUCAUGUUCCUCAGAGGCCCAGCUGAAGGUCACAGCCAAAAACACGGUGUUGCGUGGCCUGGAGAACGUGGAUGCACUGGAAGGCGGUGAGGCUCUGUUCGAGUGCCAGCUGUCCCAGCCUGAAGUGGCUGCCCACACCUGGCUGCUGGACGACGAGCCUGUGCACACGUCAGAGAAGGUGGAGGUGGUCUACUUUGAGAAUGGACUGCGGCACCUGCUUCUACUCAAAAACCUGAAGCCACAGGACAGCUGCCGAGUGACCUUCCUGGCAGGGGAUGUGGUCACGUCCGCAUUCCUCACUGUGAGAGGCUGGCGCUUGGAGGUCCUAGAGCCCCCACACGAUGCAUCUGUGAAAGCUGGUAUGCAGGUCUGCUUCACAUGCACACUAAGUGAGGCGGUGCCUGUGGGUGAGGCUACUUGGUACAUCAACGGGGCUGUCAUCCAACCUGAUGACACUGACUGGACAGUCACCGCAGAUGGCAGCCACCAUGCCCUGACACUGAGCAAUGCCCAGCCCCAACAUGCAGGAGAGGUCACAUUUGCAGCACGGGAUGCCGUGGCCUCUGCACGCCUCUCUGUGUUGGCUCUUCCCGACCCCCCUGAAGAUGCUGAAGUGGUGGGUCGUAGUGACCAUUCUGUGACCCUAUCCUGGGUGGCUCCCAUGAGUGAUGGAGGUGGGGGUCUAUGUGGUUAUCGUGUGGAGAUGAAGGAGGCAUCCACAGGCCAGUGGCAGUUGUGCCAUGACUUGGUACCUGGUCCAGAGUGUGUGGUGGAUGACCUGGUCCCCGGGAAGACCUAUCGCUUCCGAGUGGCAGCUGUAGGUCCAGCAGGUGCUGGGGAGCCUGUACACCUGCCCCAGAUGGUCAAGAUAGCCCCAGCCCCAGCCCCAGCCCCAGCCCCAGCCCCAGCCCCAGCCCCAGCAACACGGCAGGCGGUGGUUGGUGAAGACGUCUGUCUGGAGUUGGAAGUGGCAGCUGAUGCUGGUGAGGUUGUCUGGCACAAGGGAUCAGAGCGCAUCCAGCCCAGCGGGCACUUUGAGGUCCUCUCUCGGGGUCAGCGGCAGAUACUGGUGAUCAAGGGCUUUAGGACCGAAGACCAAGGGGAGUACCGCUGUGGUCCCAUCCAGGGUCUGCCCUCCUCAGGAGCUGCCACAUUCAAUGUGGUCAUGACCUCAGGCUCUGGGGAUGAGGUCCCGGCACAGCCUAGCCUGCCUCCCGAGGCAGCCCAGGAGGGUGACCUGCAUCUGCUUUGGGAGGCUCUUGCCCGGAAGCGCCGCAUGAGUCGGGAGCCCACGCUGGACUCCAUCAGCGAGCUGCCUGAGGAAGACAGCCGUGUGCAGCAUCUGCGGCAGGAGGCAGAAGAGACAGCUCCCGACCUCUCUGAGGGCUACUCUACAGCGGAUGAGCUAGCACGCACAGGAGAGGCCGACCUCUCACACACCAGCUCUGACGAUGAGUCUCGGGCUGGCACCCCUUCCCUAGUUACCUACCUCAAGAAGGCCGGGGGUCCUGGGAUCUCACCCUUGGCCAGCAAGCAUGAGGCCCAGGUGACCACAUCUGUGAAGCCACAAAAGCAGCAGGAGCCAGUCGUGCCCACGUGCCCACCGCCGCCGGGAGACUUGAGUGCAGCAGAUUUGAUGGAUCCAUCCCUGGACAAGGCUGCUGUGAAGAUCCAGGCUGCCUUUAAGGGUUACAAAGUGCGAAAGGAGAUGAAGCAGCAGGAAGGGCCUGUGUUCUCACGAACAUUUGGGGACACAGAGGCACAGGUUGGGGAUGUGCUGCGGCUAGAGUGUGUGCUGGCCACCGAGGCUGAUAUUCGGGCCUGCUGGUUGAAGGAUGGCAUCGAGUUAACAGAUGGGCGCCAUUACCACAUAGACCAGCUCAAAGAUGGUACCUGCUCUCUGCUGGUUACUGGCCUGGCCCCCACUGACUCUGGCCGUUACACCUGUCAGGUGAGCACCAAGUCUGGCCGCGUGAGCCACAGUGCCUGCGUGGUGGUCAGUGGGACAGAGAGCGAGGCCGAGAGCUCCUCCGGGGGCGAGCUGGAUGAUGCUUUCCGCCGGGCAGCGAGACGCCUGCACCGUCUCUUCCGCACCAAGAGCCCAGCUGAGCUUUCAGACGAGGAACUCUUCCUCAGUGCUGACGAAGGCCCCGGGGCGCCAGAGGAGCCCGCAGACUGGCAAACAUACCGAGAGGAUGAGAACUUUGUGUGCAUCCGUUUUGAGUCCCUUGCAGAGGCCCGCCGGGCAGUCACCUGCUUCCGUGACAUGUUUGCCACCAUGGGCAUCGGGGUGGAGAUCAGCCUAGGGGAGCAGGGACCCCGGGGAGUGGAGAUGCGCAUCGGCAAGGUGGCCCCCACGGUCAUCCCUGCAGUGCCGCUUGCAAAGCCGCCUGGCCUGCAGACUUCAGAUGCUGCCCCAGUGUUCCUGACCGAGCUGCAGAACCAAGAUGUGCAGGACGGAUACCCCAUGAGCUUCGACUGCGUGGUAACGGGCCAGCCUGUGCCCAGUGUGCGCUGGUUCAAGGAUGGGAAGCUGCUAGAAGAAGAUGACCACUAUAUGAUCAAUGAGGACCAACAGGGGGGUCACCAGCUCAUCAUCACAGCUGUGGUGCCGGCAGACAUGGGCGUCUACCGCUGCCUGGCGGAGAACAGCAUGGGCGUCUCCUCCACCAAGGCUGAGCUUCGUGUGGAAUUGACCAGCACAGACUAUGAUACUGCUGCGGAUGCUACUGAGACCUCAUCCUACUUCAGCGCCCAGGGAUACCUGUCCAGCCGGGAGCAAGAGGGAACGGAGUCAGAUGAGGGGCAGCUUCCCCAGGUGCUGGAGGAACUGAAAGACCUCCAAGUGGCCCCUGGCACACGCCUGGCCAAGUUCCAGCUCAAGGUGAAAGGCUAUCCAGCUCCCAAACUGUAUUGGUUCAAAGAUGGCCAGCCCCUGACCACCUCUGACCACAUCCGCAUGACUGACAAGAAGACCCUGCACACCCUGGAGAUUGUCUCGGUCACUCGGGAGGACAGCGGCCAGUAUGCAGCCUACAUCAGCAAUGCUGUGGGUGCUGCCUAUUCGUCAGCCCGGCUUCUGGUCCGAGGUCCCAGUGAACCAGAAGAGAAGCCAGCAUCAGAUGUUCAUGAGAGGCUGGUGCCACCCCGAAUCCUGGAGAAGUUCACCCCCAAGAAAGUGAAGAGGGGCUCCAGCAUCACCUUUUCAGUGAAGGUGGAAGGACACCCGGCCCCCAGUGUGCAUUGGCUCAAGGAGGAGGCAGAGAAGGGAGUCCUGUGGAUUGGCCCUGACACCCCGGGAUACACCAUGGCCAGCUCUUCCAAGCAGCAUAGCCUGGUCCUGCUGGACGUAGGCCGACAGCACCAGGGCACCUACACAUGUAUUGCCACCAACCCUGCUGGCCAGGCGCUCUGCUCUGCCAGUCUGCACAUCUCUGGCUUGGCCAAAGAAGAAGAGCAGGAGAGAGUGAAGGAGGCCCUCAUUUCCUCUUUCCUGCAAGGGACAAGCCAAGCUGUCUCAGCCCAGAUGUCAGAAUCUGCAGGUUUUGCUGAUCUUGUCGGGCAAAGGAAAGGUGAGUCUCUGGUGGCUGAGGAGGCCCACAGUCACCUGUCCCUUGCUGAGGUGGGCACAGAAGAGUUCCUGCAGAAACUCACCUCACAGAUCACGGAGAUGGUAUCAGCCAAGAUCUCUCAGGCCAAACUCCAGGUGCCUGGAGGUGACAGUGAUGAAGAGUCCAAGACACCAUCUGCUUCUCCUCGACAUGGCCGGUCACGUCCUUCCUCCAGUGUUCAAGAGUCCUCCUCAGAGUCAGAGGAUGGGGACUCCCGUGGUGAGAUCUUUGACAUCUACGUGGUCACAGCUGACUAUCUGCCGCUGGGAGCUGAGCAGGAUGCCAUCAUUCUGAGAGAAGGCCAGUAUGUGGAGGUCCUUGACUCUGCCCAUCCCCUGCGCUGGCUUGUCCGCACCAAGCCCACCAAAUCCAGUCCUUCCAGGCAGGGCUGGGUGUCACCUGCCUACCUGGAUAAGAGGCUCAAGCUGUCUCCUGAGUGGGGGCCCACUGAGGCCCCCGAGUUCCCUGGCGAGGCUGUGUCUGAGGAUGAGUAUAGAACGAGGCUGAGCUCUGUCAUCCAGGAGUUGCUAAGUUCAGAGCAGGCUUUUGUGGGUGAGCUGCAGUUCUUGGAGAGCCACCACAUGAAGCACUUGGACCGAUCUCCCCAUGUACCCGCAGCUGUGGCCAGCCAGAAGACAGUCAUCUUUCGUAAUGUGCAGGACAUCAGCCAUUUCCACAGCAGCUUCUUGAAGGAGCUGCAGGGCUGUGGCACCGACGAUGAUGUGGCCAUGUGCUUCAUCAAGAACCAGGGGGCCUUUGAGAAGUAUCUCGAGUUCCUGGUGGGCCGCGUGCAAGCUGAAUCAGUGGUUGUCAGCACCCCAGUCCAGGAGUUCUACAAGAAAUAUGCAGAAGAGACACUGUCAGCCAAGGACCCCACACAGCCACCCCCACCUCCUCUUCAGCACUACCUGGAGCAGCCAGUGGAACGGGUGCAGAAAUACCAGGCCUUGCUGAAGGAGCUAAUCCGCAACAAGGCCCGCAACCGGCAGAACUGCGCGCUGCUGGAGCAGGCCUAUGCUGUGGUGUCUGCCCUGCCUCAGCGUGCCGAGAACAAGCUGCACGUUUCUCUCAUGGAGAACUACCCAGGAACCCUGGAGGCCCUGGGAGAACCUAUCCGCCAGGGCCACUUCAUAGUGUGGGAGGGGGCCCCAGGGGCCCGGAUGCCUUGGAAAGGCCACAACCGGCACGUCUUCCUCUUCCGAAACCACCUGGUGAUCUGCAAGCCCCGGAGAGACUCUCGAACUGACACCUUCAGCUACGUGUUCCGGAACAUGAUGAAGCUGAGUAGCAUCGACCUGAAUGACCAAGUAGAGGGGGAUGACCGUGCCUUUGAGGUGUGGCAUGAACGGGAAGACUCUGUGCGCAAGUACCUGCUGCAGGCACGGACCGUCAUCAUCAAAAACUCCUGGGUGAAGGAGAUCUGUGGCAUCCAGCAGCGCCUGGCCCAGCCUGUGUGGCGUCCCCCUGAGUUUGAAGAGGAACUAGCUGACUGCACAGCCGAGCUGGGUGAAACGGUCAAGCUAGCGUGCCGAGUGACGGGCACACCUAAGCCUAUUGUCAGCUGGUACAAAGAUGGGAAGCCAGUGGAGGUGGACCCACACCACAUCCUCAUUGAAGACCCUGAUGGCUCCUGCACCCUCAUCUUGGACAACCUUACUGGCAUAGACUCUGGCCAAUACAUGUGCUUUGCGGCCAGUGCUGCUGGCAACGCUAGCACCUUGGGGAAGAUUCUAGUACAAGUGCCCCCACGGUUUGUGAACAAGGUCCGGGCCACACCCUUUGUGGAGGGAGAGGACGCACAGAUCACCUGCACCGUGGAAGGAGCCCCGUACCCUCAGAUCAGGUGGUACAAGGAUGGUGCCCUGCUAGCCCCGGGCAACAGGUACCGGAUGCUGAAUGAACCCCGCAGUGGUGUGCUGGUGCUGGUGAUCCAGGCAGCCAGCAAGGAGGACCUGGGACACUAUGAAUGUGAGCUGGUGAACCGGUUGGGCUCAACACGUGGUGGUGGAGAACUAUACAUGCAGAGCCCUGCACUGCGUGCCCGGGACCAGCACCACCGGGAACAGAUUGUGGCUGCCGUAGAAGGGGCCCCGUCCAUGCAAGUCACUAUUGAGGAUGUACAAGUACAAGUAGGGGACAUGGCACAGUUUGAUGCUGUCAUUGAAGGCCACCCACCACCCAUAGUAACCUGGUACAAGGGCAGCACCCAGCUGACGAGCAGUGCCCGGCUGAGCCAACGGCAAGAUGGAACAACAUAUUCCUUGGUGUUGACUGACGUGGCUCCACAUGAUGCCGGUGUCUACACAUGUGUUGCCAAUAACGCAGGUGGACAGGUGCUCUGCAAGGCAGAGCUGCUGGUCCACGGGGGGGACAAGCUAGAUGCCGAAGAGCAAGUCUAUCGGAGGAAACUGCAUUCCUUCUAUGAGGUUCAAGAAGAGAUUGGGAGGGGUGUGUUUGGGUUUGUGAAAAGGGUUCAGCACAAAGGAAACAAGAUGUUCUGUGCCGCCAAGUUCAUCCCCCUGCGGAGCAAAACUCGGGCCCAGGCAUACCAGGAACGAGACAUCUUGGCUACACUCAGCCACCCACUGGUCACUGGGCUCCUGGAUCAAUUUGAGACCCGGAAGACUCUCAUCCUUAUCUUGGAACUGUGCUCAUCUGAGGAGCUGCUGGAUCGACUCUUCAAGAAGGGUGUCGUGACUGAAGCCGAGGUCAAAGUCUAUAUCCAGCAGCUGGUGGAAGGCCUACACUAUUUGCACAGCCAUGGUAUCCUCCACCUGGACAUAAAGCCCCCCAACAUCCUGAUGGUGCACCCAGCUCGGGAAGACAUCAAGAUCUGUGACUUUGGCUUUGCCCAAAAGAUCACCCCUUCAGAGCCGCAGUACAGCAAGUAUGGCUCACCCGAAUUCGUGUCCCCAGAGAUCAUUGAGCAGAAUCCUGUGAGCGAGGGCUCAGACAUCUGGGCCAUGGGCGUCAUCUCCUACCUCAGCCUCACCUGCUCAUCCCCAUUUGCUGGAGAGAGUGACCGAGCCACCUUGCUCAAUGUUUUGGAGGGGCGGGUCUCCUGGAGCAGUCCCACAGCUGCUCAUCUGAGUGAGGACGCCAAGGACUUCAUCAAGGCCACGCUGCAAAGAACCCCCAGGGCCCGGCCUAGUACUUCCCAGUGCCUUGCCCACCCCUGGUUCCUGAAAUCCAUGCCUGCUGAGGAGGCCCACUUCAUCAACACCAAACAGCUCAAGUUCCUUCUUGCUCGAAGUCGCUGGCAGCGUUCCUUGAUGAGCUACAAGUCUAUCCUGGUGAUGCGCUCCAUCCCAGAGCUGCUUCAGGGUCCCCCAGACAGUCCAUCUCUAGGAGUGGCCCGGCACCUACGAGGGGAAGCCAGUGGCGCCUCAAGCUCAUCAUCUUCCUCAGACAACGAGCUUGCCCCAUUUGCCAGGGCUAAGUCGCUGCCACCUUCCCCUGUGACUCACUCGCCACUGCUGCACCCUCGGGGCUUUCUGCGGCCUUCGGCCAGCCUCCCAGAGGAGACAGAGGCCAACAUGCCCACUGCUGAUGCGGCCGUGCCAGCGUCCCCAAAGAGUGCUGGGCCUCCGGCAAGCCCAGGUUGCGUGCCCCGGCACAGCGUCAUCAGCAGCCUGUUCUACCAGCAAGCUGGCGAGGGUGCAGAGCGUGGGAACAAACCAUCGGGUGCCAAGAGGCACCCUGCUCGGAGGCGGCACCUGCUAAAGGGUGGCUACAUUGCAAGGGCCCUACCCGGUCUGCGUGAACCCCUCAUGGAGUACAGCCUGUUGGAGGAAGAGGCGGCUAGGGAAGAGCAGGCCUCUCUGAUGACCAAGACACCCUCCUUUGAGACUGCCCUGCGGCUACCUAGUUCCAGUGUCAGAGAGGUCCCAGGCCGAAGCCGCUCCCUGGAUAACCCACCCGUCACGACCGGCCCCUCUCCUGAGGCAUGCAAGGAACAACUCCUGUUCCCACCCUCCACGGGGUUGACUCAUGAAACCACUGCCAAGGACAGGGGGCACAAAGAGGGGUUCUUGCAGGAGUCUGUCCCUUUUCCACCUACGAGUGGUGACUCAAGGCCUGGGAAGCAAGAGGGAUCAUCCCAGGACAGUUGUAGAGGGAAACCAGCCUCUUCCUGUCACUCUGAGCUGGGUUCUGGUUCCCAGGAGGGCUGUGGCCCUCCAUCAUCUCAAUUGCUUGGCUCCUUACCUCCACAGUCAUUGAAGAAGGAGCUCUCAACGUCCUGUGGCCCACUCUUUUCAGAACAGCCUCAGGCAGCCCCAUUCCCAUCUCAAGUAAGCCCCCUUCUGGGUUCUGAGAAGGGACCUCAGGAUGGCUCUCUAUCUGAAGGGCCAGUUCCAGUUCCCUCCAGUUCCCCAGGGUCAGCUUCCCAAGUAGAUGCAUCCUUGGAUACUGAAGGCUUGUCUGAAGCUGGGGACACAUGUGACUUUACGCCUCCUCCACAGCGGCCUCAGGAGCAGGCCACCACCCGGAAGUUCUCUCUGGAGUCCCGUGGGGGCUAUGCAGGGGUGGCAGGCUAUGGUACUUUUGCCUUUGGCGGGGACGCAGGGGGGAUGCUAGGGCAGGGUCCUCUCUGGGCCAGGAUGGCCUGGGCUGUGUCCCAGUCCUCAGAAGAGCAGGAUGAAGCUGCAACUGAGAGCCCUCAACCUCUGGAGAGCUUGGGGCCCAUUGCUGAGGCCAGUGGGGUUCCCCUAAGGACCUCUCCAAGCCUCACCCCUUGGGAGGAAGUUGAGCAGGUUUCCCUGGUGCAAAUCCGGGAUCUCUCUGGUGAUGCAGAAGCAGCUGACACCAUCUCCUUGGACAUUUCUGAGGUCGAUCCUGCCUACCUCAACCUCUCGGAUUUAUAUGACAUCAAAUAUCUCCCAUUUGAGUUCAUGAUCUUCAGGAGGGUCCCCAAACCUAUAGAGCAGCCAGAGUCACCUGGCUCAGAAACCGAAGCUGGGCAAGGGCUGGCAGAUUUCCUGGAGGAGGCCGCGUGGCCCUGGCCAGGCGAGCUGGGACUGCGUGCUGGUCUGGAGAUUACAGAGGAGCCGGAGGAGCCAGGGGACCUGGAAGCACUGCUGGGCGAGGCUGCUGUGGGCAGGAAGCGCAAGUGGUCCCCCUCCCGGGGCCUCUUCCAAUUCCCUGGGAGGUGCCUGUCAGGGGAGGAGCCUGUGGAGCUUGGGCUGCGCCAGAGGGUGAAGGCUUCCAUGGCUCACAUCUCCAGGAUCCUCAAGGGCAAGCCGGAAGGUCCUGAGAGGGAAGGGCCUCCCAGAAAGAAGGCAGGCCUAGCUUCUUUCCGGCUGUCAGGCCUGAAGGGCAGGGACCAAGCACCAUCCUUCCUAAGAGAACUCUCAGACGAGGCUGUGGUCCUGGGCCAAUCAGUGACACUGGCCUGCCAGGUGUUGGCCCAGCCAACUGCCCAGGCUACCUGGAGCAAAGAUGGGGUCCUCCUGGAGAGCAGCGGCCACCUCCUCAUCUCCUCCACCCUGAAGAACUUCCAGCUGCUGACCAUCCUGGUGGUGAAGGAGGAGGAUCUGGGCACGUAUACCUGCUGUGUGAGCAAUCCGCUGGGGACAGCAGUCACCACAGGUGUCCUCCGGAAAGCAGAGCGCCCCUCAUCUUCUCCACGCCCUGAGGUAGGAGAACUAUACAAGGAUGCGGUGCUGCUGGUCUGGAAGCCUGUGGAAUCCUGUGGCCCGGUGACCUACAUUGUGCAGUGCUGUAUAGAAGGAGGCAGCUGGACAACCCUGGCUUCAGACAUCUCUGACUGCUGCUACCUCACUGGCAAGCUAUCCAGGGGUGGCAUGUAUAUCUUCCGGACAGCAUGUGUCAGCAAAGCAGGAAUGGGCCCCUACAGCAGCCCCUCAGAACAGGUCCUCCUCGGAGGACCCAACCACCUGGCCUCUGAGGAGGAAAGCAGCCGGGGGAGGCCAGCCCAGCUUCUCCCCAGCACAAAGACCUUUGCCUUCCAGAUGCAGAUCCGGAGGGGCCGCUUCAGUGUGGUGCGGCAGUGCAGGGAGAAGGCAAGUGGGCGGGCCCUAGCUGCUAAGAUCGUUCCCUAUCAGCCUGAGGACAAGACAGCUGUACUAAGAGAAUACGAGGCACUUAAGAGACUGCACCACCCACAUCUGGCCCAACUCCAUGCCGCCUACCUCAGUCCCCGGCACCUGGUGCUCAUCCUGGAGCUGUGCUCUGGCCCUGAGUUGCUACCCUCUUUGGCGGAGAGGGAAUCCUACUCAGAGUCUGAUGUGAAGGACUACCUGUGGCAGAUGCUGAGUGCCACCCAGUACCUGCAUGCCCAACACAUCCUGCACCUGGACCUGAGGUCCGAGAACAUGAUGGUCACCGAGUACAACCUGCUUAAGGUUAUAGACCUGGGAAAUGCCCAGAGUCUUGACCAAGAGAAGGUCCCAGCCCCUGAGAACUUCAAAGACUACCUGGAGACCAUGGCUCCAGAACUUCUGGAAGGUCAAGGGGCUGUUCCACAGACAGACAUUUGGGCUAUUGGUGUAACAGCCUUCAUUAUGCUGAGUGGCGAGUACCCAGAGAGCAGCGAGGGGACUCGCGACCUGCAGAAAGGCUUGCGCAAGGGACUCAUUCGGUUGAGUCGCUGCUAUGCAGGAUUAUCAGGAGGAGCCGUAGCCUUCCUGCAGAGUUCAUUAUGUGCUCAACCCUGGGGCCGCCCGUGCGCUUCCGCCUGCUUGCAAUGCGGGUGGCUGACAGAGGAGGGCCCCACCGGUUCCCGGCCCACACCCGUAACCUUCCCCACCGUGCGGUUGCGCGCCUUUGUGCGCGAGCGCGAGAAGCGGCGUGCGCUCCUCUACAAGAAGCAUAACCUGGCCCAGGUGCGCUGAGGUCCAGCUUUACAGAGCAAGAUGUGCCAUGCCACAUGGGGGGACACCCGCCAAUAAAAGAUGCAAAAC